UGUAAGCAGGGAAAGCUAAGCGAAAUAUUUGAAUACAACCUGUCUGUCAUUGUAUGUAUUCUGUGUUUCAGACUCACUGUCUGUAAACUCACAGACACAUCCUGUGAAGUGUUGGCCUCAGUUCUCAGUUCAAACCCCUCACACCUGAGAGAGCUGGACCUGAGUAACAAUGACCUGAAGGAUUCAGGAGUGAAGCUGCUCUCUGCUGGACUGGGGAAUCCCCACUGUAAACUGGAGACUCUGAGGCUGUCAGGCUGUCUAGUCACAGAGGAAGGCUGUGCUUCUCUGGUCUCAGCUCUGGAGUCAAACCCCUCACACCUGAGAGAGCUGGACCUGAGUAACAAUGACCUGAAGGAUUCAGGAGUGAAGCUGCUCUCUGCUGGACUGGGGAAUCCCCACUGUAAACUGGAGACUCUGCUGUCAGGCUGUCUAGUCACAGAGGAAGGCUGUGCUUCUCUGGUCUCAGCUCUGAGGUCAAACCCCUCACACCUGAGAGAGCUGGACCUGAGUAACAAUGACCUGAAGGAUUCAGGAGUGAAGCUGCUCUCUGCUGGACUGGGGAAUCCCCACUGUAAACUGGAGACUCUGAGGCUGUCAGGCUGUCUAGUCACAGAGGAAGGCUGUGCUUCUCUGGUCUCAGCUCUGAGGUCAAACCCCUCACACCUGAGAGAGCUGGACCUGAGCUACAAUCACCCAGGAGACUCAGGAGUCAGACUGCUCUCUGCUGGACUGGAGGAUCCACACUGCAGACUGGAGAAACUCAAGUAUGUAGAGGGUUUAUGUCAAUGUUCAUAUCAGACAUGUUGGACUUAUCAGGCUAGUUAAGACA